AGAGGUGGGAUUUGAGCCAAAAUGAGGGAAAAUAAGAACAUGUCCGAGUCCCCCUCUCAAGCGGGAAAAGAAAUACCGGCGAAGAAACAGAAACUAAGCAGUGACGAGAACAGUAACCCCGAUUUAUCAGGAGACGAGAAUGAUGAUGCUGUCAGUGUUGAGAGUGGGACCAACGCAGAGCGCCCAGACACACCCACUAACACUGCCAACGCCCCGGGCAGAAAGAGCUGGGGCAAGGGCAAGUGGAAGUCCAAGAAAUGCAGAUAUUCUUUUAAAUGUGUCAACAGUCUGAGGGAGGACCACGGUCAGCCGCUUUUUGGAGUCCAGUUUAACUGGCACAGCAAAGAGGGAGACCCGCUGGUGUUUGCCACAGUCGGGAGUAACAGGGUAACUCUGUAUGAAUGUCACUCUCAGGGAGAAAUAAGGCUUUUGCAGUCUUAUGUUGAUGCAGAUGCAGAUGAGAACUUCUACACGUGUGCCUGGACCUACGACACCAACACAAGCCAUCCGCUGUUGGCUGUGGCCGGGUCUCGUGGCAUCAUUCGGGUGAUCAACCACAUCACAAUGCAGUGCAUCAAGCAUUAUGUAGGUCAUGGAAAUGCCAUCAAUGAGCUCAAGUUUCAUCCAAGGGAUCCAAAUCUCCUUCUGUCUGUCAGCAAAGAUCACGCCCUUCGUCUAUGGAACAUACAGACGGACACAUUAGUGGCGAUAUUUGGUGGAGUGGAAGGACAUCGAGAUGAAGUGCUUAGUGCUGAUUUUGAUCUUCUGGGUGAAAAGAUUAUGUCAUGUGGGAUGGACCACUCCCUAAAACUUUGGCGUAUCAAUUCAGAGAGAAUGCAAAAAGCCAUUCGUGGGUCUUAUGAGUACAACCCCUCCAAGACCAACAGACCCUUUGUCUCGCAGAAAAUUCACUUCCCCGACUUCUCAACACGAGACAUCCAUAGAAACUAUGUUGACUGUGUGCGGUGGCUGGGGGACCUUAUUCUUUCCAAGUCCUGUGAAAAUGCCAUCGUCUGCUGGAAACCAGGAAAGAUGGAGGACGACAUCGAUCACAUUAAACCAAAUGAGUCAAAUGUGACGAUUCUGGGACGCUUUGAUUACAGCCAGUGUGACAUUUGGUACAUGCGCUUCUCUAUGGACUUCUGGCAGAAGAUGCUAGCCCUGGGAAACCAGGUGGGGAAGCUUUAUGUGUGGGACCUUGAAGUGGAAGACCCACACAAAGCAAAGUGCACCACACUCACCCUGCCCAAAUGCACGUCGGCCAUCCGGCAAACCAGCUUCAGCCGUGACAGCAGCAUCCUGAUAGCCGUGUGCGACGACGCCUCAAUCUGGCGCUGGGACCGGCAGCGCUGAAGCCUGAACGGUUUCCCUUCCUGUUGCUCCGUGUCCCACCCUGCAGCCCCCGUUGUACAGACGUACACUGCAAGAAAUGUCUGUUUGAACAUUUUAGUCUUACGUGUGGUCUAAAAAUCCGUUUCCUUAAAACAGUGAGAAACUGUGCCAAGGUGAGAUGAUUCCUUUUGUUACUCUGGCCAAGGAGGUUGUUUCAUUUCCUGUUUGUCUACCAGCAGGAUUUAUGAGGAAAAAUAACAGAUUUCUAAGAAGUGUCAGAAACAUUUUAUAUCCGACAACACAUCAGAUGUAAUCGGGGUUUGUUUCUUUUUUUUAGAAGAACAUUUUUCAGCCACAGCAGCGACAGUGAAGACGUACUUUGUUCCAAAGUAUCAGUGUUUGAAUCUGAUGAAAACGAAUUAUGAGAGCAUGAUGGUGACGAGAGAAGUAUUGGUGGAGGUUAAGUGCCUUCUAGAUUCCUAUGCAGACUUGUUCAUCAGAAGAUAUUGAUCAAUCACUCCUAUUCUCUGCAGUCAGGGACAUUUUUCUGCAUGUUCUUUAGACAAGAGGAAUUAUUGUCUGUAUCUCAGUCAACUGGCAGAUUUUUGUCAAUUGUUUUAGGAAAAAUAAGCUUUUAAGACACAACAGACGAAAUGACAAAAGAUGGAUUUUUUUGCACUGUGCCACCUUUUAUAUUCAUUUAUUCACAGAAAAAAAUCUGAUUUUUUUGUCCUUUUUUUCUUCUUGCAUUUCUUACAUUCCUUUCCAUCCUUCUUUUACCACCCUGAUGGUUUGCUUUAAAGCCCCCCAAUAAAAUGUAUUUUGUAAAUACA